AUGGAGAAUAUGGACGAACUCGUCGAUCAAGUGCUUGCAAUUGACUCUUCCAAGAGCCGAUCUGAUAUCUUAAUCGAUUUGAAGCAUACGAAAAGUGUGGAGACAACAAUUAAUAGAAUUUUCGAUGGCGAUUUUCUAAACGGCACAGAGCGCGAUCUUUCCAAAUCAGCUUUUCUUAUCAUAGAUUCUGAUGAUGACAACGAUACUCUGGAUCAAGAGCCGCCAAAGCAAAGGCAAAUAUCACCUCAAGCAGUUACACUACAAGACAGUUUUGAGGAAUUGUCGUUUGAUAGGGGUUCUCCCAAAGCAAGCUAUAGCAACGAUAGCCAAAUGCCAACGCCCAAAAGGAAACCGCAAACGAGGGAUGAGCUUGAUGACUUUUUCAAUACACCACCACCUGCUGAUAAAGAGGAUACUUUCUUACUUUUGGAGGAUGAUGAUGAAAACGACUUUGGAAGACCUCCACCAUCAUCAUCACCAUCCUUCUUAUCACUCGAUGAUGAUAAAAUGACACCACUUUCACCUGUUCAACUCACCAUGCGUAAAGAAGAAAAGACGAAUAGCAUCUUUGGAGCACAUUUUGACAAUGAUGAUGAUGAUGUAGAUGAAUUACCAUCUGCUACAGACUUUUUCGACGAACUUUUGUUGAAGAAACCUGCAACACCGAUAGUAGAACUUGACGAUGACGAUGACGAUGAUGCGAUUGAGAUUAUUUCAUCGCCUCCAACAAACAAAUCUUCAUCAAUAGAUCGAAAGGGAAAACGACGAGCUUACGAGUACGAUUUUGAUUUUGAUACAAUUGUUGAUCCUCCUCCCAGCAAUCGCCGCCGUUUAGAUGAGGACCCUCUUGACGAUGCUGUACCCACGACAUCUGCGGAAAGAAGAGAAAAGGAAAAGGAAGAGAAGAAACUUCAACGAGAGUUAGCAGCUGAAGAAAAAAAGCGACAAAAGGCAAAGGCAUUAGAGGAAAAGCAAAGACAAAAAGAGCAAAAGCAGUUGGAAAAGGAGCGCAAGACAUUGUUUGAGAAAGAGAAUAGGAUUCGAGCGGAUAGGAAUGAGAUUUUAAAGGAGAUCAUUGUCGAUAUUCACCCAAAUUUCCUCAAGACGAAGCCUGGGGAGUUGCUGGAGCUUGUAUUGACAAAGAAAGAAGUAGAAUUUCAAAAUCUCUUGCUGCAACAUCCAGAUCCGUCCUAUACACUUAGCUGGAGACGCAAAACUAAUUCUGAAUGGGAUCCAAGUAGCCAAGCAUUUAUUCCCCUUUGUAAAACCAAAAUUAUUCAAGAGCCCGUUGUACUUGUCUAUGUGGAUAUACCCAAAUUUACCCAACGCAUACAAGCAAAAACUAUUGAUAAAUACAUUGAUGUCAUUGAACGAGAUUGUGAUGGACGUCAAAUCAUGUUGCUGAUUGAAGGGUUGGAAGCGUAUUACAAAAAGAAAAUGCUCUUGAAACGACGCCAAUUUGAUGCAGAGGUUCGCGACGCUUUCAAUGCAGACGAGGGAUCCUCUAAUACAACAAAUACCAGCAAGCGAAAGAACAAUUUAGCCAAUCUCGAUGAUGGUCUGGAGCCGGGCGAUGUUGAGGAAUGUCUAAACUACUUGCAGUUAGUGCGUGGUGUCAUGUUGGUGCCUACAAAAGACGACGAGGACACUGCAAGCUGGAUCGAGAGCCUAACAACGGAUUUGGCACUAGGAAGAUACAAAUCAAAAAAUGUCAACGACUCAUACAAGGUGGGCAAAUCUGGAUCUGAUCCCAAAGACACGUAUCUGAAAAUGCUACAAGAGAUUCAGUUAUGUACACCUGCCAUUGCUGAUAGUGUUGCUUGGGCCUAUCCAACAUUGCAGUCAUUACAUCGAGCAUAUCAACGUAAAAACGCAUCAGAUGGCGAAUUGUUGCUGGCAGCAUUAGAGGUGGAAAGAAGUGCGCUUCGACAACGAGAUAGAAAGAUCAAUAGACUCAUGUCCAGAAAGAUUUAUACCAUUUUCACCAGCGAUGAUCCAGAGCAAAUUUUGUAUUAA